AUGAAACUUCCUUGCUUUGGUCAGAAGUCAUCAGAAAGAGAAUGUGAACUUCCUAAAAUAGAUGUACACUUAGUUCCUGAUCCAAAGAAAGAUGACUAUAAAGUUGGAGAGGUGUUGAAAUUCUCCUGCAAACUAGGAUUUACAAGAGUUGGACCUAAUUCAGUUCAGUGCUACUACUUUGGAUUGUCCCCUGACCUCCCAAUAUGUAAAGAGCAAGUACAGUCGUGUGGUCCACCUCCUGAGCUCCUCAAUGGGAAUGUUAAGGUAAAAACAAAAGAAGAAUAUAGACACAGUGAAGUGGUGGAAUAUUAUUGCAAUCCUAAGUUUCUAAUGAAGGGACCUAAUAAAAUUCAAUGUGUUGAUGGAGCGUGGACAACUUUGCCAGUGUGUAUCGAGGAGGAGAGUACCUGUGGAGAUAUACCUGAACUUGAACAUGGCUAUUCCGAGAUUUCUUCCCCUCCUUAUUACUAUGGAGAUUCGGUGGAGUUCAGUUGCUCAGAAUCAUUUACAAUGAUUGGGCACAGAUCAAUUACGUGUAUUCAUGGAGUAUGGACCCAACUUCCUCAGUGUGUGGCAACAGAUCAACUUAAGAAGUGCAACUCAUCAAAUUUAAUUGUAAUUGAGGGAAAUUUAACGAACAAGAAGGAAUUCAAUCAUAAUUCUAACAUAAGGUACAGAUGUAGAGGAAAAAAAGAACACAUACACACAGUCUGCAUAAAUGGAAAGUGGGAUCCAGAAGUGACCUGCUCAAUGGCACAAAUACAGUUAUGCCCACCUCCACCUCAGAUUCCUAAUUCUUGGACUAUGAAAACCACAUUGAAUUAUCGAGAUGGAGAAAAAGUGUCUGUUCUUUGCCAAGAAAAUUAUCUGAUUCAGGAAGGAGAAGAAAUGACGUGCAAAGAUGGAAGAUGGCAGUCACUACCACGCUGUGUUGAAAAGAUUCCAUGUACACAGCCACCUCACGUAGAACAUGGAAGCAUUAUUUCAUCCAGGUCUUCACAAGAAAAUUAUGCACAUGGGACUAAAUUGAGUUAUACUUGUGAAGAUGGUUUCAGGCUAUCUGAAGAAAAUGAAAUAACAUGCUACAUGGGAAAAUGGAGUUCUCCACCCCAUUGUGAAGGCCUUCCUUGUAAAUCUCCACCUGAGAUUUCUCAUGGUGUUGUAGCUCACACGUCAGACAGUUAUCAGUAUGGAGAAGAAGUUACGUACAAAUGUUCGCCUGCAAUUGCAAAAUGCUUAGGAGAAAAAUGGUCUCGCCCUCCAUCAUGCAUAAAUUCUACAGGAAAAUGUGGGCCCCCUCCACCUAUUGACAAUGGAGACACUACUUCAUUCCCAUUGUCAGUAUAUGCUCCAGAUUCAUCAGUUGAGUACCAAUGCCAGAAGUUGUAUCAACUUGAGGGUAACAAGCGAAUAACAUGUAGAAACGGACAAUGGUCAGAUCCACCAAAAUGUUUACGUGCGUGUGUAAUAUCCCCAGAAAUUAUGGAAAAAUACAACAUAACAUUGAAAUGGAAAGCCGAACAGAAACUUUAUUUGAGAACAGGUGAACCAGCUGAAUUUGUGUGUAGAUCUGGAUAUUAUCUUCCAUCAAACUCUCACCCAUUGCGAACAACAUGUCAGGAUGGGAAACUGGAGUAUCCAACUUGUGUAAAAAGACAUUAUCGAUCAUAAAAUGCACACCUUUAUUCAGAACUUUAGUAUUAAAUCAGUUCUCAAUUUCAUUUUUUAAGUAUUGUUUUACUCCUUUUUAUUCAUUAGUACAUUUUCGGGUUAAUUUGUGUAAAUGUAAUUAUAAUCUGAGACCGGUGGCUCUCAUCUUUAAAGCACCAUAUUAAGACUUGGAAUACUAA